GGGUCACGUGGCCGCCGGUGGCGGCGGCGGGGCCAUGAACGCGGAGCGGGACCUGUCGCCGCUGACGCCCGGCGUGGUGCGGGCGCUCACCGACAAGCUCUAUGAGAAGAGGAAGGUGGCGGCCCUGGAGAUAGAGAAGCUGGUGCGAGAGUUUGUGGCUCAGAACAACACAUCCCAGAUCAAACACGUGAUCCAGAUCCUGUCACAGGAGUUUGCACUCUCCCAGCACCCCCACAGCCGGAAAGGGGGACUCAUUGGCCUCGCUGCUUGCUCCAUUGCCCUGGGCAAGGACUCUGGGCUGUACCUGAAGGAGCUCAUCGAGCCAGUGCUGACGUGUUUCAAUGAUGCUGACAGUCGGCUGCGGUACUACGCCUGUGAGGCUCUCUACAACAUUGUCAAGGUGGCCAGGGGCUCUGUCCUCCCACACUUCAACGUGCUCUUUGAUGGCCUCAGCAAGCUGGCUGCUGAUCCUGACCCAAAUGUCAAAAGUGGCUCUGAGCUCCUUGAUCGACUCCUCAAGGAUAUCGUGACAGAGAGUAACCAGUUCGACCUGGUCGGCUUCAUCCCACUGCUGCGUGAGAGGAUUUACUCCAACAACCAGUACGCCCGCCAGUUCAUCAUAUCCUGGAUCCUGGUCUUAGAGUCCGUGCCUGAUAUCAACCUCUUGGAUUACCUUCCAGAAAUCCUAGAUGGACUCUUCCAGAUCCUGGGAGACAACAGCAAGGAGAUACGGAAAAUGUGUGAGGUGGCUCUUGGGGAGUUCCUCAAGGAGAUCAAGAAGAAUCCCUCCAGUGUGAAGUUUGCAGAAAUGGCCAAUAUCCUGGUGAUCCACUGCCAGGCAGCAGAUGACCUGAUCCAGCUGACAGCCAUGUGCUGGAUGCGGGAGUUCAUCCAGCUGGCUGGCCGGGUGAUGCUGCCUUACUCCUCAGGGAUCCUGACCGCUGUUCUGCCGUGUCUCUCCUACGACGAUCGCAAGAAGAACAUCAAGGAGGUGGCGAACGUGUGCAACCAGAGCUUGAUGAAGUUGGUCAUCCCAGAGGAUGAUGAAAUGGAUGAGGCCAAGCCAUCAAUGACGAUACCAGCAGAGCCCACCACAGAGGAGUCCCUCUCCAAGCCAGAGGCAGUGACCACUGGUUCACUGGAUGCAUCUGGUGACUCCAGCAACAGUGGUGUCUUCACAGUAACCAGCUGCGAGAGGAUACAGGUGACCCUGAACCUGGAUGGAAUAGUUCAGGUGCUGGACUACCACCUUAGUGAUACAUCCAUUGGGAUGAUGACCAGAAUUGCAGUCCUGAAAUGGCUUUACCACUUGUAUAUCAAGACUCCUCGUAAGAUGUUCCGACACACCGACAGCCUCUUCCCCAUCUUGCUGCGGACCCUCUCAGAUGAGUCGGAUGAGGUUAUCCUGAAGGACCUGGAAUUGCUGGCUGAGAUCGCAUCUUCCCCAGCAGGGCAGACAGAGGAGGGUCACGGUCCCUCCGAUGGCUCCGAUGUGCGACCUGGCCCCGUGGAGCUUCAUGUCCCAGCCAGGACUGGCCAGCUGAGCUCCUCCAGUACAAAAGGUCUGGAGUGCUCACCCUCCUCCCCCACCAUGAACUCCUACUUCUACAAGUUCAUGAUCAACCUGCUCAAGCGUUUCAGCAGUGAACGGAAACUCCUGGAAACCAGAGGAGCCUUCAUCAUCAGGCAGCUUUGUCUACUUCUGAAUGCAGAGAACAUCUUUCACUCCAUGGCAGAUAUACUGCUUCGGGAGGAGGACCUCAAAUUCGCCUCUACCAUGGUUCACACCCUCAAUACCAUCCUGCUGACGUCCUCCGAGCUCUUCCAGCUCAGAAACCAGCUAAAGGACCUGAAGACCCCGGAAAGCCGUAACCUCUUCUGCUGCCUCUACCGGUCCUGGUGUCACAACCCCGUGACGACCGUGUCCCUCUGCUUCCUUACCCAGAACUAUAAGCAUGCCUACGACCUCAUCCAGAAAUUCGGGGAUCUGGAGGUCACCGUGGAUUUCCUCACCGAGGUGGACAAGCUGGUGCAGCUCAUCGAGUGCCCCAUAUUCACGUAUCUCCGCCUGCAGCUGCUGGAUGUGAAGAGCAACCCCUACCUGAUCAAGGCUCUCUAUGGCCUGCUGAUGCUGCUGCCCCAGAGCAGCGCCUUCCAGCUCCUCUCCCACCGCCUCCAGUGCGUGCCCAACCCAGAGCUCAUGCAGACCACGGACAACACCAAGCCCAGCACCAGCUUCAAGAGAACAGCAGCCUCCAACAUCGACUACACGGAGCUGCUGCAGCACUUUGAGAAGGUCCAAAACAAGCACCUGGAAGCAAGACAGCAGCGAGCCGGGCGGGCAGAGCAGCUGGACCGGCGGGUGGUCCUCUGAGCACCCUGCGGCCGCCGUGGGUGUGCACAGUUGCUGGGGCAGGGACCAGGGGACACGGACCAGGGAACAGGCACACCGGUUGCUGGCCACCAGAGGAUCUGGUGGGUUUAAUGGAGAUGGGCAAGCGCUCAGCACAGGGCUGGUUUUCCCCCCUAGUGUACGUGUGGAUGAGGGGGGACCCUCAGGCUGUGCCCAGUCUCUCCUGUGGGUGCUGGGGGGGACAUGGGGAAGGCUUGCCUGAGGAAAGGGCCGGGGUGAAGCACCUCGUCUUCUCUUGCAAUGGGGUGAGGAAACUCCCCUUUGCUUUGCUAAUGCCUUCCCCGUGACAGUCAGCUGAGCGCCCAGCCUGCUGCCAGCAGCACCGGAGGAGGGGAGGGGAGACGGGAGCAACCCCUGGCCUUCCGCCCUGGAAAACAAGCACGCGGGGCUGCCGGCCGCCUCUCACCACCCUGACUUCCACCCUCUGGUUCCGAGGCCCUGCUGGAGGUGACCGGUGGCGUCUCACUCGGGGAGACACUCCUGUGCCUGACACUCGGCCACCUCCUUGCAUUCACACAUCCUCUCUGAGUCCCCAGCUCUUGGCAGGGACAACUGCACAGUCUCAACUCCCAGCCGACACCGGGGGACACGGGGACCAGUGGACCUAACCCCCGACUCCAUUCCUUGUUCCUGCAUUAAGCUCUCCUUGAUAAAAUAAACAAGCAAUGCAGAACAGCCCA